AAUUAGGAAAACGCAAGAAGACCGAAAGAAGAUGGAACAAGAACUCGCUUCACUCACCUUCGAUACCGAAAACGAUGCAGGAGAUUCGAGUUUACCUCAGUCGCGGCGAAUAAUUGAUCGUGAAGAUGAUUAUCGUAAGCGUAGGUUGAAUCAGAUUCUUUCUCCGGAUAGACAUGAUCCUUUUGCUGCUGGAGAGAAGACGCCGGAUCCAUCUGUGAGGACUUAUGCUGAAAUUAUGAGGGAUGAAGCGUUGAAGAGAGAGUUCGAUCAAACAAAGAGGACUAAUGCUAAGAAGGCUAAAACAUCUGAUUGGGAUGCUCCGGAAUCGAUGACACCGGGGAGAGUUAUUGAUGCUACUCCAGGGAGGAGGAAUAGGUUGGUUGCUACUCCUGGUGGUGCUACACCUGGUGCAACUGCUUGGGAUGCUACUCCUAAGCUUCCUGGAAUGGCUACUCCAACUCCCAAGAGACAAAGAUCAAGAUGGGAUGAAACACCUGCUACUAUGGGGAGUGCAACUCCAUUACCUGGUGCAACUCCUGUUGGUGGUGUUGAAUUGGCUACUCCUACUCCUGGUGCUUUACAAGGUUCAUUUACACCUGAGCAGUAUAAUUUGUUGAGGUGGGAGAGGGAUAUUGAAGAGAGGAAUCGUCCUUUGGCCGAUCAAGAGCUUGAUGCUAUGUUUCCACAACAAGGGUAUAAGGUUUUGGAUCCUCCUGCUUCUUAUGUGCCAAUUAGAACUCCUGCAAGGAAGCUUCUUGCUACCCCUACACCGUUGGGGACUCCGCUUUAUCAAAUUCCUGAAGAGAAUCGUGGUCAGCAGUAUGAUGUUCCUAAGGAAGCUCCUGGUGGUUUGCCUUUCAUGAAACCUGAAGAUUAUCAGUAUUUCGGGGCUUUGUUGAAUGAAGAAAAUGAAGACGAGUUGUCUCCAGAUGAGCAGAAAGAGAGGAAGAUUAUGAAGCUUCUGCUUAAAGUGAAGAACGGUACUCCACCACAGAGGAAAACUGCUUUGAGGCAGUUAACUGAUAAGGCUCGUGAGUUCGGUGCUGGACCUUUGUUUAACCGAAUUCUGCCAUUGCUUAUGCAGCCUACUUUGGAGGACCAAGAGAGACAUCUUUUGGUAAAGGUAAUUGAUAGAGUUCUUUAUAAAUUGGAUGAAUUGGUUCGGCCUUGUGUGCAUAAGAUUCUUGUUGUUAUUGAGCCCCUCUUGAUUGAUGAAGACUACUAUGCCCGUGUUGAGGGGAGAGAAAUAAUAUCGAAUCUCAGUAAAGCGGCUGGUUUGGCCACCAUGAUUGCUGCCAUGAGGCCUGACAUAGAUAACAUUGAUGAAUAUGUUAGGAAUACCACUGCUAGAGCUUUUAGUGUUGUUGCGUCUGCUCUUGGUAUUCCGGCUUUAUUGCCCUUCCUGAAGGCUGUUUGUCAGAGUAAGAAAUCAUGGCAAGCUCGACACACUGGUGUUAAGAUUGUACAGCAGAUUGCCAUUUUAAUUGGAUGCGCUGUGUUGCCCCAUCUGAGAUCUCUUGUGGAGAUUAUAGAGCAUGGUUUGAAUGAUGAGAAUCAGAAGGUGAGGAUGAUCACUGCAUUAUCUCUUGCUGCACUUGCUGAGGCGGCUGCCCCUUAUGGUAUUGAAAGUUUUGACUCGGUGUUGAAGCCACUGUGGAAGGGAAUUAGGCAACACCGUGGUAAGGUGCUGGCUGCGUUUUUGAAGGCAAUUGGGUUUAUCAUUCCGUUGAUGGAAUCCUUAUAUGCUAGCUAUUGUACUAAGGAAGUCAUGCUUAUUCUGAUUCGGGAGUUUCAGUCACCCGAUGAAGAAAUGAAGAAAAUUGUUUUGAAAGUGGUGAAGCAGUGUGUGAGCACCGAGGGUGUGGAAGCUGAGUAUAUUAGAACUGAUAUCCUCCCUGAGUUUUUCAGAAACUUCUGGGUUAGGAGGAUGGCUUUGGAUAGAAGAAACUACAAGCAACUUGUGGAGACGACUGUUGAGAUAGCAAAUAAGGUUGGUGUUGCCGAUAUUGUUGGAAGAAUUUUUCAAGAUCUUAAAGAUGAGAGUGAACCUUAUAGGCGAAUGGUCAUGGAAACUAUUGAGAAGGUGGUCACUAACUUGGGAUCAUCUGAUAUAGAUGCACGGUUGGAAGAACUUUUGAUUGAUGGUAUUCUUUAUGCUUUCCAAGAGCAGACCAGCGAUGAUGCUAAUGUGAUGCUUAAUGGGUUCGGUGCAGUUGUAAACUCGCUCGGGCAGAGAAUAAAACUAUAUCUUCCUCAGAUUUGUGGUACCAUCACGUGGAGGUUAAACAAUAAGAGUGCAAAGGUGAGACAGCAAGCAGCAGACCUCAUUUCGAGGAUUGCUGUUGUCAUGAAGCAGUGCCAUGAGGAACAGUUGAUGGGUCAUCUUGGUGUUGUCUUGUAUGAGCAUCUUGGAGAAGAGUAUCCAGAAGUUCUAGGUUCAAUUUUGGGUGCUCUCAAGUCUAUUGUUAAUGUUAUUGGUAUGACGAAGAUGACUCCACCUAUUAAGGAUUUGCUUCCCAGGUUGACUCCAAUAUUGAAGAAUAGGCACGAGAAAGUCCAGGAGAACUGUAUUGACCUUGUGGGUAGGAUUGCUGACCGUGGGGCUGAGUUUGUACCUGCCAGAGAAUGGAUGAGGAUCUGUUUUGAGCUUCUUGAGAUGCUUAAGGCACACAAGAAGGGAAUUCGUAGAGCUACUGUGAACACUUUCGGAUAUAUUGCAAAAGCCAUCGGACCACAGGAUGUCCUGGCAACUCUAUUGAAUAAUCUCAAGGUGCAGGAGAGGCAGAAUCGUGUAUGCACUACUGUUGCCAUUGCUAUUGUUGCAGAAACAUGUUCACCCUUCACAGUUUUGCCAGCACUGAUGAAUGAGUACCGUGUUCCAGAGCUAAAUGUGCAAAAUGGUGUGCUCAAGUCUCUCUCUUUCCUCUUUGAGUAUAUUGGUGAAAUGGGCAAGGACUACAUCUAUGCAGUGAUUCCUUUGCUUGAGGAUGCUCUUAUGGACAGGGAUUUGGUUCAUAGGCAGACAGCUGCAUCUGCUGUGAAGCACAUGGCAUUGGGAGUGGCUGGUUUGGGUUGCGAGGAUGCGCUGGUCCAUUUGCUGAACUAUGUUUGGCCAAAUAUAUUUGAAACUUCUCCACAUGUGAUAAAUGCUGUGAUGGAAGCCAUUGAAGGGAUGCGGGUAGCCUUGGGUUCUGCUGUUGUUCUUAAUUACUGUCUUCAAGGGCUGUUCCAACCUGCCCGAAAAGUGAGGGAGGUGUAUUGGAAGAUUUAUAACUCUCUUUAUAUUGGAGCUCAAGACGCUCUUGUUGCAGCAUACCCUUCUCUAGAGGAUGACCACAACAAUGUUUACAGUAGAUCGGAGUUGAUGAUGUUUAUUUAGAUUUUGAUUUAGACAAAUGAGAAUGUCCCUGUUUUGCAAUUGUGAAUGGAUUGAGAUAAUCCAAGAGACCACAGAGAAAAUAAAAAUGAUACAAGAAAAGAUGAAGGUUGCUCAGAGCCGACAAAAGAGUUACACAGAUAAAAAAAGGCGGCCUUUAGAAUUCAAAGAAGGUGAUCAUGUGUUUUUGAAAGUAACUCCUAGGUUGGGAUUAAGAGGAAUUUUCAAGACAAAGAAGUUAAGCCCAAGAUACAUAGGACCAUAUCAAAUCAUCAAAAGGGUGGGAACAGUGGCAUAUAAGUUGCCUUUACCACCUUCAUUAUCCGGACUUCAUAAUGGCCCAUAACCCAUAGGUCCCUGGAUCGAAAUCAGGCUCUGAUACCAAAAAUAUAACAUUCUAAUAAUUUAAGCUAAUAAAUCAAUUAGGACAUUAAUCUUGAUACAGGAUAACAUAGUAUAUAAGUCUGAACACAUCCGAUCACGUCAUUCCUUUGGUACAAUACUUAGUUCGGUCACAUAGUACUUGACUCAUUAAGUCCAAGAUACAAAAGGAGUUA